UCACCAACAUUUGACGUACCGGCAAGUGAUCGUGCACUGUAGUUUCUUACAUGCGUCUCUAUAACGAGCAUAUCUUUUCUUUAUCUUUCCACAAUUUUCAUAUGUAAUAGCAACCUGUUUCUCAAGUAUUUAUAUAUUAUAUACAUAUAUCUACUAUUAAUAGAAUUUUGUGUAUAUAUUUCAUCAUCGAAAUAAAGCAAGAAAGAUGCAUCCCGCCAGAUACAUUACCAUCUUAUAUGUGCUCGCUGUUUUUUCUUCAAUUUCCGUAUUCGGGUUUCCGGAUGGAGCGCCGGUAGACGCUUGCGUAAAGCCACGACCUAAUCAACCUUAUCACGGCCAAGCGCGAUCUCAGCCUUUAAAUACAAGUCCUUAUAAGAUACUGGCCUCAUCAUCGCAAUACGAACCAGGUUCCCAAAUCACAAUUUCCAUAAGAGGAGCCUCAUUCCAGGGAUUUUUCCUGCAGGCGCGUGAUUCUAAUACAAACAAAUGGAUUGGAACAUGGGUACAAACACCGAACACGAAGAUACAUUCUGAAUGCAGCGCUGUGACGCACGCGGAUCCACGCGAAAAAGAACAGGCCACUUUUAUCUGGAAUGCACCGCCGAAUGCACGUGGUAGUGUUUACUUCACUGGAACUAUAUUGAAGGAUUAUGCAACAUUCUGGUCUGAUCUUGUAUCAGAAAUAACACAAUAAUAAUUUGUGAGCGUACUAAUCAGCAUUCUUAGACAUCGACAAAGUGCAUUUGCCAGAAGGAUGGAUUUUCAUUUUUAUACUCUAAAAUUAUUUGUUAUGUAUUUUUAUAUACCUUCGAUAUAUUCGAUGUAUAUUUUAUAUAAAUCUUGUAUUUUAUAUAAAUCUUUUUAUACCAUGCAUAAAUGCAAAAAUGUGUAACGCACUGAGCAUCUCAAAUAUAUUAAACUAUCAUCAAAACAAA